AUGCGGGUCGAAGACCACUGCAGUGUUUUCGCAUGGUCAAGUCUGCAAGCAUCGCGGCCAUGGCCCGCAGCUGGGCGCUAUGCCUCGCUCCAAGCAGGCGAGGACAAGACAGGCCAUAUCAGCGCCGGACCUAAUGAAGGCAUUCUGUUCUUCAACAAUGUCUUCCCUAUCCAAAUACGUAAAAUCAUGGGUCUUCCUAUGCCAAGAAUACUGGAUAGACUCAUCAGCCCGGCCAUGUCUGGAACGGAUCCAAAUACUGUGAUUCAACGCGCAAAAGCUAAGCGAAAUUUGCCAAUUGAAAGUACUGAGAUUCUGCCCCGAGUGAGGGAGGGUGGAGCGUUUGUAAAGUUCACGCAUGAUGGCAGCACCCCGACUUCUGAGAUUGAAAAGACUUUGCAGGAGUAUCUAAGGGAUGAGCCUGUCAAGCCGUGGUGGAGUCCCUGGAAGCGAAUGCGCGCGAAAGUCGUUAAAGGACGACCAUGGGUUGAGGACAUGAUGCGUCUACCAGCACCUCGACUACGCGUCGAAUUCGUCCCUGGUGAACCUGGAGCUUCCGUGACUGAGGCCGUGGACCUGAGCCAGGAGCAGCUUUUCCAAUUCUUCAGACCUUAUGGCAAGCUGAGCGACAUUGUCAUGCAGGAGUCAGACUCCAAGGUCCUCCCCAAGUUUGCUUACCUGGACUACUCGAGCAUUGGCAAAGCGAUCAUGGCUAAGAACUGUAUGCAUGGCUAUCUGGUCUCAGAAGCCGAAGGUGGUGGCAAGAAGGGCACUUUCUUGAGGCUCAAAUAUGAGCAGAAGAUCAAGCCUCGCUACAUUAGGGACUGGAUUAUCAAUCACCCGAGAAUUAUUAUUCCGAUCAUCGCAGCUUUGAUCGCCGGUACAGUCGCCAUUGUUUUCGACCCUAUUCGCACAUUCUUCGUCAAGGCUCAUAUCACACGAACGCUCCACCUUGAAGACAACAAGUGGUACAAGUGGAUUAAAGGCUAUGCAUCCGACAUCAUUCGAGGCCACAAACGUGAUGAAGAUGACUCCUACGAUGCCAUCUGGGAUGACCGCAAAGGUAAUAUCGAGCAGAUUCAAACAUGGCUCAUGGAGACUGCGGACACCUUCAUCAUCGUUCAGGGUCCUCGUGGCUCAGGCAAGAAGGAGUUGGUGGUUGACCAAGCCCUUCAGGACAACAAGCUCAAACUUGUUAUUGACUGCAAGCCCAUCCAAGAAGCCCGUGGCGACAGUCCAACCAUCAGCGCUGCGGCCGCGGCGGUUGGUUACAAACCCGUCUUCAGCUGGAUGAACAGUAUCAGCGGCAUGAUCGACAUGGCUGCACAAGGUGCUACUGGUAUGAAGACUGGCUUUUCGGAAACCCAGGAGACUCAGUUGAACAAGAUUUGGAACACUACGACUACCGCUCUCAAGCAAAUUGCCCUUGAGCGCAGACACAAGGACGACAGGGACGCGAACUUGGCUGAUGAUGAUUGGCUCGAGGCCCACCCGGAACAUAGACCUGUUGUUGUCAUUGACAACUUCUUACAUAAGAGCCAUGAGGGCGGCAUUGUCUACGACAAAAUGGCUGAGUGGGCUGCUCGAUUGACCACAACAAACAUUGCUCAUGUGAUCUUCCUUACAAACGACGUCGCCUUUAGCAAGUCACUAUCCAAAGCGCUUCCCGACCGUGUCUUCCGCCAGAUCUCGCUCUCUGAUUGCAGCCCCGAUGUGGCAAAGAAAUUCGUCGUCACUCACUUGGACGCUGAUGUCGAGGACGAUCCAGCGCCAAAGGAUGGCUCCGAGAAGAAGCUUCCAUCGCAACAUCGCACAGAUCUUGCUGAACUGGAUUCGUGUAUUGAUCUGCUUGGUGGACGCCUCACAGAUCUCGAAUUCCUGGCAAGAAGGAUCAAGACUGGCGAGACACCAAAUAAGGCUGUCAACGAAAUCAUCGACCAGUCUGCAUCCGAGAUUUUGAAGAUGUACAUCUUUGGCGCAGAAGAUGAUGGCGGCAGACGCAAAUGGAGUCCUGAGCAGGCGUGGAUGCUCAUCAAGGAGCUCGCCCAAAAGGAGAGCUUGCGCUACAACGAAGUCUUGCUCGACGACAUCCUCAAGACGGGUGGAGAGUCAGCCCUCCGCGACCUCGAGCAGGCUGAGCUCAUUUCCAUCAUUUCCGGACCGAACGGACGGCCAUCGACCAUCAGGCCCGGCAAGCCGGUGUACCACUCAGCUUUCAAGCGCCUGGCACAAGACAAGGUGCUGAAGAGUCACCUAGACUAUGCCAUCCUUACCAAUCUAACCAAGAUUGAGAACGCGACCAUUGACAAGUGCGAAAACGAGCUGCUGCUAUUGAGCAAGCUCAGGAACCAGCCUGCACAGACUGCCGGCCGCGUACAAUACUUGUUAGCCAAGUUGUCAGCAAGCCAAGUCAAGGUGGAGAAGUAUGAAACUGAGAUUAAGGGCCUGAAGAAGGUGAUGGCUGAGGAGGACUAGACGAUGUGUUUAUCUUUGGUUCAGAGUGCAAAGCGUACAUAGUGAUACCAUGUCCAAUCUGGCAUUUUGAUUGCUUCCUGAC